ACCCACAUGGUUGCUUCAGUGCUGCCUUCCUUGUCUAACACAACAAAGAAAAGGAAUCCCACAGAAGGGAAGUGUGGGAUGUACUGGACCACAUUAUGCUGAGAGCUGUUUCUGUCCAUCCACUGACACAUGGCAGCAAUGUCUUCCCCAGCUUCAACCCCUGGUGGCCGCAAGCGUGGAAGGAACACCAAUCCACCCACACCCAGUAGCGAAGACCCCACCUCGCCUCCCUCCCAGCGACGCAGAGGUCAGGACUCCUCCACCGGAGACCUGAUGCCAAUGCCCACCUCACCAGCCACAGACAUACUCAGUCCUGCAGCACCGCAGGACACAUCUCUGCUCUCCAGCCCGCGGCCUUCAGUGCCGCCGAAUGACGUGGACAUGAGCUCCCCCUUGAUGUAUGGGACCCCCAGCUCCAGGAUUGAGGGGACCCCACGAAGUGGGGUGCGGGGCACACCAGCCAGGCAGCGUCCUGAUCUAGGCUCAGUCAGAAAGGCUCCCCAAGUGGAUCUUCACUCUGAGCCGCUGAGCACAGAGGGCGCCGUGGCCAGCGAGUCUAACGCUGGGCAAAGGCUGGUGAUCUGGGGGACUGAUGUGAAUGUCGGCACCUGCAAGGAAAAGUUUCAGAGGUUUCUGCAGAGGUUUGUUGACCCGACUUCCACUGAAGAUGAGAAUGCUGGUCUGGACCUGAAUGAACCAUUAUACAUGCAGAAGCUGGAGGAGAUCAGCGUCGUUGGCGAUCCCGUGCUGAAUGUGAACUGCCGCCACGUGCAGUCCUUUGAUGCAGAGCUUUACCGACAGCUCAUCUGCUACCCACAGGAAGUCAUCCCAACUUUUGACAUGGCGGUCAAUGAGCUUUUUUUCGAGCGUUUCCCCGACUCUUUCCUUGAGUAUCAGAUCCAAGUACGCCCCUACAAUGCCCUGAAAACCAAAAACAUGAGGAGCCUGAACCCAGAAGACAUCGAUCAGCUGAUCACCAUCGGCGGCAUGGUGAUCCGCACCUCGCAGCUCAUCCCCGAGAUGCAGGAGGCUUUCUUCCAGUGCCAGGUGUGCGCCUACAGCACCCGCGUGGAGGUGGAUCGCGGGCGCAUUGCCGAGCCGGCUGUGUGUCGCAACUGCAACACCACCCACAGCCUGGCACUGAUUCACAAUCGCUCAGUCUUCUCAGACAAGCAGAUGAUAAAAAUUCAGGAGUCUCCUGAAGACAUGCCGGCCGGUCAGACGCCUCACACGACUAUCGUGUACGCUCACAAUGAUCUAGUUGAUAAAGUGCAGCCAGGAGACAGAGUGAACAUCACUGGCAUCUACAGAGCAGUCCCCAUGCGUGUUAACCCACGUCAGAGCAACGUGAAGUCCGUUUAUAAGACUCACAUAGACGCCAUCCACUUCCGCAAGACGGACGAAAAGCGCCUGCACGGUUUGGACGAGGAGGCCGAACAGAAGCUCUUCACCGAAGACCGCGUGCAGACCCUGAAAGAGCUCGCAGCCAAGCCAGACGUCUAUGAUCGCCUCUCCUCUGCCCUCGCACCGAGCAUCUAUGAACACGAAGACAUCAAAAAGGGCAUCUUGCUGCAGUUGUUUGGGGGCACGCGAAAGGAUUUCAGUCAGACCGGCCGCGGGAACUUCCGUGCGGAGGUGAACAUCCUGCUCUGCGGAGACCCCGGCACCAGUAAGUCCCAGCUGCUGCAGUACGUGUACAACCUGGUGCCCCGCGGCCAGUACACAUCAGGAAAGGGCUCCAGCGCCGUGGGUCUGACUGCUUAUGUGAUGAAGGACCCAGAGACCAGGCAGCUGGUGCUGCAGACUGGUGCUCUGGUGUUGAGUGACAACGGCAUCUGCUGCAUUGACGAGUUUGACAAGAUGAGCGAUAACACGCGCUCUGUGCUGCACGAGGUCAUGGAGCAGCAGACCCUCUCCAUUGCCAAGGCUGGAAUCAUCUGCCAGCUGAACGCCCGCACCGCCGUGCUGGCUGCUGCCAACCCAGUCGAAUCUCAGUGGAACCCCAAAAAGACCACAAUCGAGAACAUCCAGCUGCCUCACACUCUGCUGUCCAGAUUCGACCUCAUCUUCCUGAUGCUGGAUCCCCAGGAUGAGGCUUAUGACCGCAGGCUGGCACACCACCUGGUGUCGCUUUACUACCAGACCGAGGAGCAGAUGGAGGAAGAGUUCCUCGACAUGGCCGUGCUCAAGGACUACAUCGCGUACGCACGAACAUACAUCAGUCCAAGACUGAGCGAAGAAGCCAGCCAGGCCCUCAUUGAGGCCUACGUUGACAUGAGGAAGAUAGGCAGUGGGCGUGGGAUGGUGUCCGCCUACCCCAGACAGCUGGAGUCCUUGAUCCGCUUGGCAGAGGCUCACGCCAAAGUACGUUUCUCCGAGAAGGUGGAAACCAUCGACGUGGAAGAGGCCAAGCGGCUGCACAGAGAGGCCCUCAAACAGUCGGCCACAGAUCCAAGGACAGGAUUUGUUGACAUCUCUAUUCUGACAACAGGUAUGAGCGCCACAGCUCGCAAGCGUAAGGAAGAGGUGGCCCAAGCCCUGAAGAAGCUGAUCCAGGCCAAAGGGAAGACGCCAGCCAUGAAAUACCAGCAGCUGCUUGAUGACCUCAGAGGACAGUCUGAAACUGCGAUUACUAAGGAGCUGUUUGACGAGGCGCUGCGAGCUCUGGCUGACGAGGAUUACUUGACAGUCACUGGAAAGACUGUUCGUCUCCUUGCUUGAGGCACACCCUGCAAUUAUGUACAGUCUUUAAUUUUAACUCCUAUCCUGUGUUGACUUCUUUACUCAUGCUGUAAAAAAAACAUAUUUGUAUAACUGAACCAGCAUAUGUUGAAUGUUUGGGUGUAUUAGAUGCUUAAAUAUCCCCAGAUUGGUGAUUCAGAAGAACCCCAUGACUCAUUUAAUGCUGGUUUCCUGUUGCAGUUUAAAGAAAAAAAAAAAGGGGGGGGGGGGGGGGGGUUGAACAGACGUGUAAGAAGAGCUGUAUGCAAUGGUGACUGAAAGAGCAAAUUUUUGAAAGUACUUAUAUUUUGUUUAACUUGUUGUUUUGUGUUCUGAUAAAAAGUUCUGUGUCUGACUUUGUACAUUGUAAUCAGACUUUGUCUUUUGGAAACUUAAAGCAAGCUUGAAUUAUUCAAUGUUUUUCUUUUGGAUUGCAUAGCUUAUGUUGACUACUUGUUAAUAGAAUA